AAGGUGAAGUUACCUCCCUUCUACACCUCCCUCCUUUGAGGCAACAGCAACAACAGCUCAGGCAGAGAAAAGGGUACAGAAGUGUUGGGGAGCUGGGACAACCAGCUCCCUGACAUUUCCAAGUGUUUAAAGAAGGAAACAGGAAGACUUGUGACGAUGGGAACUAUGCAAGAGGCAGGAGAAAAGACAUUCGAUCUUGGGGUCAGGGAGAAUGCAGAAGCAGCAGGACUAGCAGCAUCCCCAAGACUUGGGGAACUGGAGCCGAAGGAGGAAUGGCAGGAUGAAGAAUUCCCUAGAUUGCUUCCUGAAGAGGCUGACCCUUCUGAAGAUCCUGACGAUCCUAAAAGAGACUCGCAGGCAGGCACCCCCAGUACUUUAGCCUUGUGUGGCCGGCGCCCCAUGCGCAAGCGUCUUUCUGCCCCAGAGCUGAGACUGAAUCUGGCUAAGGGGCCUGGAGAUGCUGGAGCUUCUCCCACCCACUCUGUACCUUCCUCUUCUGAUGGCAGUUCUGACCUGGAGGUAGACGAAUUGGAGACACCUUCAGACUCGGAGCAGCUGGACAGUGGACAUGAAUUUGAAUGGGAAGAUGAACUGCCCCAGGCAGAGGGUCUGGGGGCCAGUGAGGCAGCUGAAAGGCUGGGCCGGGGUUGUGUGUGGGAUAUGGCUGGAGAAGACGGUCGUCACUGGAGGGUGUUCCGAACAGGACAGCAGGAGCAGCGAGUGGACAUGACUGUCAUUGAGCCCUAUAAGAAAGUCCUAUCUCAUGGAGGCUACCAUGGUGAUGGCCUCAAUGCUGUCAUCCUCUUUGCCUCCUGUUAUCUACCCAGAAGCAGCAUCCCCAACUAUACUUAUGUCAUGGAACACUUGUUUAGGUAUAUGGUGGGGACUCUGGAGCUGCUUGUAGCUGAAAAUUAUCUGCUUGUUCACUUGAGUGGAGGCACAAGCAGGGCCCAGGUUCCACCUCUGAGCUGGAUGCGCCAGUGUUACCUCACUUUGGAUCGGCGCCUCCGGAAAAACCUGCGCGCCCUGGUGGUGGUCCAUGCUACGUGGUAUGUGAAGGCUUUCUUGGCGCUUCUUCGGCCCUUCAUCAGUUCCAAGUUCACACGAAAGAUCCGUUUUCUGAACAGCCUGGGAGAACUGGCCCAACUCAUCUCCUUGGAUCAGGUCCACAUUCCUGAAGCUGUCAGACGGCUGGACUGGGAUCUCCAUGGCUCAGGAGGGACCUAGCAUAGGACUGGAAUAAAGGGCCUUAGGACCAAGAAAAGAUAUUGAUCUGCCUACACCCUAACCCUGAAACAUCUAAGCUGUUUAAUAAAUCAUCUCAUUGUCAACCUCA